GCAGUCAGUGCGCCCUUUUGACGCUCAAACUGCAGCACAUUGACACACUUUCAACAUGGCAGCCACCUUUGGAAGACUCCUUAGGACUCCUGCAACCAGAGCAGCAGUGAGUGCGCUGAGGAGUGGAACGUCACUAACCGCAGCUCCAUCUGGGAUCAGAACUGCUGCACCGAGAGCCUGCUUCUCUAUCAGCACUUCUAGAUGGGUUCCAGCAGUUACCCAGCAUGCUCCACACUUCAAGGGUACAGCUGUCCAAAAUGGAGAAUUCAAAGAGAUCAGCCUUGAUGACUACAAGGGCAAAUACCUAGUUCUGUUUUUCUACCCACUCGAUUUUACAUUCGUCUGCCCUACAGAAAUCAUCGCAUUCAGUGACAAAGCCAGCGAAUUCCAUGAUAUCAACUGUAAGGUGGUGGGCGUGUCUGUGGACUCUCACUUUACUCACCUGGCCUGGACCAACACCCCUCGAAAGAGUGGAGGAUUGGGAAAAAUCCACAUCCCCUUGCUGUCUGAUCUCAACAAGCAGGUGUCCAGAGACUAUGGAGUGCUACUGGAGGGGCCAGGAAUAGCACUGAGGGGGCUGUUUAUCAUCGAUCCCAAUGGUGUCGUCAAACACAUGAGCAUCAAUGACCUUCCAGUAGGCCGCUCUGUUGAUGAGACGCUGCGCCUCGUUAAGGCUUUCCAGUUUGUGGAGAGCCAUGGAGAGGUUUGCCCGGCCAGCUGGACCCCAAAAUCACCCACGAUAAAGCCAACUCCAGAGGGGUCCAAGGAGUACUUUGAAAAAGUCAACUGAAAGGAACUCAUGUCAAAUUUGCUUCUUGUAGAUCAUACACAAUAUUUAGUCUGACUUGGAAUUGCACUACCCAAAUACUUCAACAGAAAAUGAUUUCAGUGAUCUGUAUAGAACGUUUGCCAUGGAUACAAAUAAAAGUGACACUGCUGUUGGUGAA